AUGGCCCUCGCGCUCCGCCUCCGUCGGGCCCUCGCCGCCGCCUCCACCUCCGCAUCCCUCCUCCGUCCGACUGCCUCCGCCGCGGCACCCCCCCAUCGGGCCCCCCUCCUCGCCCCUUUCGUCGCGCCGCUGCCGCGCCCGUUCCUCCCCGGGGGCGCCGCCGGCUUCCGGUCGACGGCGGCGACAGCGGCACGGGGUAACUACGGCGGUGGGGCGGACGACGCCAAAAUCGACCCCGACGAGAUCCUCUUCGAGGGGUGCGACUACAACCACUGGCUCAUCACCAUGGAGUUCCCCGACCCCAAGCCCUCCCGCGAGGAGAUGAUCGAGACCUACCUGCAGACCCUCGCCAAGGUCGUCGGAAGUUAUGAGGAGGCUAAGAAGAGGAUGUAUGCUCUUAGUACAACAACAUAUGUUGGUUUUCAAGCUGUAAUGACUGAGGAAAUGUCAGAAAAGUUUCGCGGAUUGCCUGGAGUUGUUUUUAUCUUGCCUGAUUCAUAUUUAUACCCAGAGACAAAGGAGUAUGGAGGAGACAAAUACGAGAAUGGUGUCAUAACUCCAAGACCACCACCUGUUCAGUAUAGCAAACUGUCAAGGAAUGAUAGAAACCGCAACUAUCGUGGAAAUUACGAAAACAGUCCUCCACCGCAAGGUAAUUACCAGAACAGUCCACCUCACGGAAAUUACCAGAACAGGUCACCACAAGGAAACUUCCAAGGGUCCCGCCCACAGCAAGACGUAAGAGGCUACGCUCCACAGCAGAAUUACACACAAGCUGGACAAGAUGGUAGAGGUUAUGGGAGGAAUGAUUCCGCCGACCGUCCAGGUUACAAUGCGCCUGGUGGGUACCAAGGGCGUGUAAAUGAAGCCGGUCAAGGUUUCCAAGAUCCACAAGAGCGCAGGAGUUUCUCGCAAGGACAGGAAGGAGAUCUCAGGCCUGGUGGCCCUUCAGCACCUGGAAAUUAUGGUCAACCGCCUGCACCUGGAAAUUAUGGUCAACCACCUGCACCUGGAAAUUAUGGUCAACCGCCUGCACCUGGAAAUUAUGGUCAACCGCCUGCACCUGGAAAUUACGGUCAACCGCCUGCUCCUGGAUCCUAUGGGAAGCCAUCUGAACCUCCAGCUUAUGGGCAACCGUCUGGGUCGAGAUAUCCUGGAGGUAACCAAGGGGCUCCUGGUUAUGGUGGAGACAACAGACAGGGUGCAGCGCCUGCAUAUGGAGGAGAUAACUUGCAAGGGGUUUCUGGUCAGUAUCCUAGCCCAGGUGAAGGACAACAAGGGAACUGGCAGGGUAGGCAGUAA